UUCCAAAUGACAAGCACGGUGGUGGAAGUCUGACGAUGUGAGCUUGUUUCAUGCCUUGUAGUCACUGGGUGGACCGUGAACUCCUCUUUAUACUAAAGUAGUCAAAGUCAAAUGUGAGUCCAUCCGUCCAACAGCUGGAGCUCGGUCCAAACUGGAUCAUCAGCAGAACCGUCAUCCAAAACACUGCGGCAGAUCCAGAACAGAAUGACUGAGAAAGAAAAGAAUAAAGUUGCUAGAAUGGCCUAGUCAAAGUCCAGACCUAAGGAAUCUUGUCUGAAACAUCGCUGGGCUGAAGAGUGAACUUAGUUUCCUCCACAGCGAUGCAAGAGACCCCGACUGAGAGCUGCUGACGCUGAAGGAGGUUCUACAAGCCGAUGGAUCCGGGAAGACUUCAUGUUUCAUUCUCGUCUCUGUCACAUAAACUUUAGACGCUGGAAGCGGGUCUGAUUUCUCUGGUAGCGACUGACUGCAGUGGAAAGAAGAGGAAAAACAGUAACUGCAGCAGCAAAUGGAAAUACUCUGCAGAUUGUUUUCAGAUUGCGUUGAGUCAGUGGCUGUAAUUAUAAACUCCACGGUGGAUUUGUGUGUUUAGCUGAGCCGGGGAUGACUCACUCAUUCAGACUCCCACAGCCGGCAGACACAGAACAACCACCUACCGGGUGCCAGACUCUGGGCCGGCCUCCCUCCUCUCCACCCAUCUCAUUCUUUCCUACAUGGGCACUCAGAUCAAUCUGCAGACGGCUCAGAAACAGACCCGGCGGUCAGGAGAAGGAAGACGAGCAGAAGAACCAACAAACGAGUCGGAGAAGAACCCCAGACAGAGUUUCUUCUUGGUCUAACAGGAUUUAAAAAGCUACAGAGGUGAAAUGGCGACGCCCAAAAACACACCCAGAGGGGGAAACAGUCCUCUGUCCCCCAACCGCAUCACUCGGCUCCAGGAGAAGGAGGACCUCUGCAACCUCAACGACCGCCUGGCCGUUUACAUCGACAAGGUGCGCUCUCUGGAGGCGGAGAACGCCGGUCUGCGCAUGCGCAUCACCGAGUCCGAGACGGAGGUGACCCGGGAGCUGACGGGUCUGAAGGCCGCCUACGAGUCCGAGCUGGCCGACGCCCGCCAGACUCUGGACUCGGUGGCCAAAGAGCGAGCGAGGCUCCAGCUGGAGCUGGGCAAAGUCAGGGAGGAACACAAGGAGCUGAAGGCCAGGAACACCAAGAAGGAGUCGGAGCUGGCAGCAGCCCUGCAGAGGCUCAAAGACCUGGAGGCUCUGCUGAACUCCAAGGACGCCUCUCUGACGACGGCGCUGGGAGAGAAACGCAACCUGGAUGUGGAGAACCGGGACCUGAAGGCCCAGGUGGCCAAGCUGGAAACCAGUCUGGGCGACGCGAAGAAGCAGCUGCAGGAUGAGAUGCUGCGGAGGGUGGAUGGAGAGAACCGCAUCCAGACUCUCAAAGAGGAGCUGGACUUUCAGAAGAACCUCCACUCUGAGGAGCUGCGGGAGAUAAAAAGGCGCCACGAGUCUCGGAUGGUGGAGCUGGAUAGCGGCCGCCAGCAGGAGUUUGAGAGCAAACUGGCCGAAGCGCUGACGGAAAUGCGCGGCCAGCAUGAUCUGCAGAUCAAAAUGUACAAGGAGGAGAUGGAGAAGACCUACAACUCAAAGCUGGAGAGCGCGCGCCAGUCGGCGGACCGGAGCAGCCACCUGGUGGGAGCGACACACGAGGAGCUGCAGCAGACCCGGAUCCGCCUGGAGUCCACGUCGGCUCAGCUCAGCCAGCUGCAGAAACAGCUGGCGGCCCGCGAGGCCAAGCUGAGGGAGCUGGAGGACGCUCUGUCCCGGGAGCGGGACACCACCCGCCGCCUGCUGGGGGAGAAGGACCGGGAGAUGGCCGAGAUGAGGCAGCGGAUGCAGCAGCAGCUGGACGAGUAUCAGGAGCUGCUGGACGUGAAGCUGGCUCUGGACAUGGAGAUCUGCGCCUACAGGAAGCUCCUGGAGGGAGAGGAGGAGAGGCUGCGCCUCUCCCCCAGCCCUCCUCCCACCAGAGUGACAGGAAGUCGGUCCUCCACCUCCGUCGGCCACUCUCGGUCCAUCCACGGCGGCAGCGCUCGCAGCUCCCCGGCAAAGAGGCGGCGCCCCAACGACACCGACAGCGAGGCGUCCAGCUUCACGGGCGGAGCUGUGGCCCGGACCCGCAUCACCCAGCAGGCCUCAGCCAGCGGCCGGGUCACCGUGGACGAGGUGGAGCUGGAGGGGAAGUACGUCCGGCUCAGCAACAAGGCAGAUGAGGACCAGAAUUUGGGGAACUGGCAGCUCAAGCGGCAGAAUGGAUCCAACUCUCCGAUCGUCUUCAAGUUCCCAGCUAAGUUCACCCUGAAGGCCGGUCACAGAGUCACGAUCUGGGCUUCUAAUGCUGGAGGGGUCCACAAUCCUCCCUCAGACCUGGUGUGGAAGACUCAGCCGUCCUGGGGAACCGGAGACCAGUUCCAGACCACUCUGAUCAGCGCCAACGGAGAGGAAAUGGCCAUGAGGAAGGUGACCCGCACUCAGUUUGAGGAUGAAGACGAAGACAUGCAGGUGGCGCACAGCACCUGCGCAGACGGCGAGUACAACCUGCGCAGCCGAACUGUCGUCUGCGGCUCCUGCGGACUUCCGUCGGACAAAUCCAGCAACUGCUCGGUGUCGUCUGCGUCCCGCUCGUUCCGCAGCGGCGGGAUCUCAGAAGGCUUGGUGCCGCAUUCGUACGUGUUCAGCACGAGCACGCCUCGCAAGACUGGAGCCAGGAUGGAGAACUGUCCGAUCAUGUGAACACAUCCAUGAAGAAACCGACCUUUUACCACACGGCUGAGUAAAAGGGCCGGACAACAUAGCAAAAAAACAUAUCAAUCAAAUAGAAAUCACACUGAUCAACAUCGAUAAUUAUCAACAAAUUCAAAACAUUUAUUUUUAGUGCAGCUCUGGCCAUUUUAUGCUGUUGCUUAGCAACC